UAUAUUUUGUACAAUAUCUAAAAAUUAAUUUUGUUAAUUUAUGCCACAACAGAAAACGAAAUAGAUUAAUGAUAAUACAAUCUGCGACACACUUUUAACAUCAAUUUUUGGAAUUUAUCAGCUAAUAAAUUUACUAAUAUCGCAACAGCUGUGCGAUAAUACAGACACAUGCCUGAUCUAGAUUAAUCUAAUCUAAAAAGUUCGUGGUUAAAAUAUUACGUAUAAUCCACGAUUUAAGAAAAAAAAAUCGUGGUAUAAUCAAAUGGAUGUUAUCAACUGUACACGACGUAAACAUUAUACUGGCGCCGUGCUUAUAGAUAAGAUAUACCAUAGAACAUCAUAAUAUUGUGAUUUGUGGUUUAUGUUCAAUCUCUUAGAUAUUUUACGGCUCCUUGAACCUGUUGUUGUUUACUGUUUAGUGUAAUAGUAUUUACUGUUUACCGUUUUCAAUGUUUUCAUUUGAAAUUCAACCAUUGGACUGGCUAGUCGUUGUUCUUACCGAUUCGGACGUGCGCUUGCUUUUAACCUCGCUUUUAACCGACUACUGUUGUUUACUAAAUACCGAUUUGUAUAAUCUAAAGAAUUAGUACUUACCGAUAAUAUAUCAUAUUAUAUUAUAACGAUUAUUAUUAGUGGAUUCCGACAUCAAUCGUUGGUGAUUAUUUUAUGGCGUUCGGUCUUUUUGUUCGUUUAAAAUAAACAGUGCUAUUGUCAUUGUUAUCCCAACGCGUAUCGCUGUUCUUUUGUCUUAAUCGAACUGUGCAUCGAUUAUUAAUGAUGGACAACCAAAGAGCAACGUCUAGUUCAACAUUUCAACCGCAACAGACUGCACAACCGUCAGUCGAAUCACUACUGUUCAACGAUAUUAUUGAAGAGAAGAGUCAAAUUUUAAGUGAUUUGAUGAAUCAAUUUUUACAAGUACAGCCUUUCAGUAAAUUUGAAUCGGAAUUCAAUUUAUUUCUAAGGCGCAUUAAACACAUCACAAGGGAAGAACAGCGCAAAGGCACAUACCGUCACCCAAUACAGAUACCUUCGUAUAAAGACACGCCGACUGAAAAUGAUGUGUCACAGGAAAACAAUCGGCAACAUAUUGAAUCCUUCAAUUUAUUUCAACGACCAACGACUAUCAAACAUAAACCUAAAACAACAUUGACUUAUAAUGACCAAUUGAAGAAUAUUCCUUGUACAUCUAAUAACUCAUGUGAUACAAUUAUUGAAGAAAGCAUAAUCAAUAAUAGUUCUGCUCAUGAAAAUCCUCAACAAUCAAAAUUCCUGCCACCAACUGCGCCAAUACCAUACUCAAAGUCAUUACAAAUUAACGAUGCAUUUCCCAACACAUCCAAUAUAGCUAAUGCUGAUGAUGUCAUGGAAUCUGAUGCUGAAGUAUUAGAAUCUUUUAAGACACCAAGCAACAGUGACAAUACCAGCACAUCUCAACUUAAUCAAGAUCAGUCUAAUUGUUCUGAAAGAAGCGAUGAAAAAAUUAAAGUCAAGAACUUAACCAACUGGUCGGUAAAUUUGAAGGAAAUUAAAUCAAAUAAGGGCAAUUCAAAACCAGUCAUCGCAUUAACAAGUACUUUAUUAGCAAGAGAUCAAAUCACGGAGUUGAAGAAAGUUCAUAAAGCUGGUGUUUUGGUAGCUCGAAAAGCAAAAAAUAUUAUCAAAACAGAUAAAGGAUUUUACCAUCUAAUUGGUUCAAUUGCUGAAGGAUCUCCACCUAAUUUACUUCGUGCAUGUAUAGAAACAAAUGGUAUUCCAAAGACCUGGAGAAGUAUUUUAACGCAUUUGACAACAAAAGUUGAAGUAAAUCUCAAUGAAAGUGUGACUAGAAAAGGCACAAUCUAUAACAAAGAAAAAAAAGCUAGUCAUAAUGUUCCUGAAACAGAAGAGUUUUCUGAAGAAGAUUUACCUCGUGAUUUACUCAAUGGUCUCAAUGACAGUGAUUUUCGUCGACAAUUGUUACAACUAUCAUCACCGAAAACAACAUCAUUUGGAGGAUGUCAAACUCCUAGUCAACUUUUGAAGCAUAAAUUUCAUCGAAAGUUUGUUAAAGCUUGCUUAAUCAUUGGCAGUCUAGAAGAUUCAGAUGAACAAUGAAUUAAAACAACAGAAUUUCAAACGGUGCUUAUACUAAAAAGAAAUUGGACAAUUUUAAAGAUGCAUUAAAUUCAGUGAACUUGACUCCAAAAGUGUUGUGUCCAUAUAUAUCUUUGUUAACUUAUUUUUGUUUUUGUUUUUAAUUAAAACUGAAACUUGUUAUAUUUGUAUUCCUAUUAGUUUCAUAUUUUAAAUUAAUGAUUUUGUUAUGUUUAAAUAGCAUUAAACGCAUUGUUACGUAAAGGCAAUAUUUUAAGACUGGCUAAGUAUUUCAAAGUUUUUUUAUAUGAAUUUGAUUUGUGAAUCAUUUUUUUUUUUUUUUUAAUUAAUCUACAUAAUAUAAGAUAUUGCAUAAUUAUAUUAACUCCGCAUUACAUGUAUUGCAACAAUUUUGUAUUUUUUUUUUUUAUCAUUUUUAUCAUUACUACUAAUUUUUAAUUUUGUAUAAAUAUUUUGGCUUAUUUUAUUAUAUUCAAUUAGAAGUAAAUAAAGAAUUUAAGGCCAUAUUUCAUUAUAUAACUAUCAGCAUUUUAUUUUUACUGCUAUUUUUCUUAUUUUUUGUUUUUGUGUAGUUAACUUAUUGAAUAAAACGAAUGUUUAAACUAAAAUAA